CGCUCGAGUAUCACUUACCGGGUCCCGACCAAUCCCCGCGCGCUAUCAGAGCUCGAGAGGAGACAAGAGCGGAGGGCAGACCGGAGAGAGGCGGACUGGACGAAGCGAGCGGAACACACACCCAUCCAUCCAUCUAUCCAUCCAUCCUUCCGAGCACCCACCGUCUCUCCUCCAGGCAGCCCCCUGUUCUUCCUCCCCCCCCCCCUCCCUCCUCCUCCCAGGUCCCCCUGACUGCAGCUGUUUGGGUGAGCCGGGGAGGCGCGAGGCAGGAUGCGCGAUGGGACAAGCAUGCGGACACGCGCUCCUCUGCCGUAGCCAACCGCCGUCCUCUGAGAUACGCGGUCAGCAAGUGUUUCUUCGUCCCGAGGAGAGUUCAGCUCCAGCCCUGACUACCAGACAGUCCACUACUUUGUCUGAACAACUCCAGGAUGCUUUGCUGCGGCUGGCGGCGGUUGUCGAUGCACGUUCAUUACGAGUUGCCCUUCGAGACAGCAUACAGGAGCUGCUGCCCAGCACGGAGUGUGUAUGUGUCUACACGCUGGAGGGAGACUCACGGCUGUUAUCUGACGACCCACCACAUGAACUGCCACAGGAGGGAAAGAUCAGGAGUAUCGUGGGCCAGCUGAAACGAUGUCAGUGUACCGGCCUCCCUUCGUCUGAACUGCCAGAGAAAUACAGAGCCUGCCUUGCGGCGCCGUUACCAGCACACAGAAGAGCUGUUGUCAUUCCUGUCUUAGACCAUGAGCAGGACAAGGCCAUUGCUGUCUUACUGGUGAGCUGUAAUCCACUAACUGAUCAAGAUGAACUGCAUCUUAACAUGCUGGAAAAACAUGCCUCUGUGGCAUGUGGGCGUGUCCAAGCCAUCCAGGCAUCCUACCAGAGGCCUCCACUCAGUCCUUCACCUAUACAAUCCCACAAUGCACUGCUGCACCUCAAUGUUUCAGAGCAGGACUACUGCGAGCUGGACCGCAACAUUCUCCAGCUUUGUGGUGAGCUCUAUGACCUUGAUGCAGCUUCUCUCCAGCUCAAAGUCAUCAAUUAUCUGCAGCAGCAAACUCAGUCGCAGUGUUGUUGUCUCUUACUGGUAUCUGAGGACAACCACCAGCUCUUCUGCCAGGUAGUCGGAGACAAAGUCCUGGAGGAGGAGAUCAGCUUCCCACUCAUGUUUGGCAGGUUUGGUCAGGUUGUGGAGAAGAAGAAGUCAAUUACCCUUCAGGACACAAGUGCUGAGGAGCGUAGGCAGCUGUCCAGCAUGUUGGGCUGUGAGAUCUCAUCCAUGCUUUGUGUCCCGGUUGCCAGCAGAGCCACAGGUCAGGUGGUGGCUCUGGCAUGUGCAUUCAACAAGCAGGGUGGUCAAAGACACACGGAGGCAGAUGAACAUGCCAUCCAGCACUGCUUCUGCUACACUUCAACAGUCCUCACUUCAACUUUGGCCUUUCAGAAAGAACAGAAGCUUAAAGUCGAGUGCCAGGCACUCUUACAAGUGGCUAAGAACCUCUUCACACACUUGGAUGACGUGUCGGUGCUGUUACAGGAAAUUAUAGUGGAGGCCAGGAACCUCAGUGAUGCAGAGAUAUGUUCAGUGUUCCUGCUGGAUCGUGUCAGCCAUGAGUUGGUGGCAAAGGUGUUUGAUGGUGUGGUUAGUGAUGAAGAGAAAGAGUUUCGUAUCCCAGCAGACCAGGGCAUUGCGGGCCAUGUUGCAACCACUGGUCAGAUCUUGAACAUUAAGGAUGCUUACUCUCAUCCUCUUUUCUACCGUGGAGUGGAUGACAGCACUGGUUUCAAGACUCGCAACAUCCUCUGCUUUCCUAUCAAAGAUGAAAAUAAUGAGGUGAUUGGAGUUGCCGAGUUGGUGAAUAAAAUGAAUGGACCGUGGUUCAAUCGCUUUGAUGAGGACCUGGCUACAGCAUUCUCCAUCUACUGCGGUAUCAGCAUCGCCCAUUCUCUGCUCUACAAGAAAGUCCAUGAAGCUCAGUUCAGAUCCCAUCUGGCCAAUGAAAUGAUGAUGUACCAUAUGAAGGUUUCAGAGGAAGAGGUCUCUAAGCUGCUGGUGAGUGGAAUAGAACCAGUGAAAGAGAUCCAUCCCUGCUACGCUGAGUUCACAUAUACACCACGCUCGCUACCAGAUGACACCACGCCAAUGUGCAUCCUGAGCAUGUUCGAAGACAUGGGUUUCAUCAACACCUACAAGAUAGACAUUCAAACUCUCGCCAGGUUCUGUCUGAUGGUGAAGAAAGGCUACAGAGAUCCUCCCUACCACAACUGGAUGCAUGCUUUUUCGGUCUCACACUUCUGCUACCUGCUCUACAAAAACCUAGGGCUGUCCAACUACCUCGAGGAUAUAGAGAUUUUUGCUCUCUUUGUCUCCUGCAUGUGCCAUGAUUUGGACCACCGCGGCACCAACAAUUCUUUCCAAGUCGCCUCUCAAUCUGUCCUGGCUGCUCUCUACAGUUCAGAGGGAUCUGUGAUGGAGAGACAUCACUUUGCCCAGGCCAUUGCCAUUCUGAACACUCAAGGCUGUAACAUCUUUGAGAAGUUCAACCGGAAGGACUACCAACGCAUGCUGGAUUUGAUGAGAGACAUCAUUCUGGCUACAGACUUGGCUCACCACCUUCGCAUUUUCAAGGAUUUGCAGAAGAUGGCAGAUGAUGGAUAUAAUCCAAAAAGGCGUACCCAUCGCUCAAUGCUGCUGUGCCUGUUGAUGACAUCAUGUGACCUGUCAGACCAAACCAAGGGCUGGAAGACAACGCGCAAGAUUGCUGAGCUGAUUUAUAAAGAGUUCUUUUCUCAAGGAGAUCUGGAAAAAGCCAUGGGAAACAGGCCCAGUGAAAUGAUGGACAGAGAGAAAGCAUACAUCCCAGAACUACAGAUCAGCUUCAUGGAACAUAUCGCCAUGCCCAUUUACAAGCUGCUGUCUGAAUUGUUACCUGGGGCCACUGAGCUGUAUGAGAGAGUGGCAGCAAAUCGAGAGCAGUGGACCAAAGUGUCCCACAAGUUCACCAUCCGAGGGUUGCCUAGCAACAACAGCCUAGACUUCUUGGACCAGGAGUAUGAGCUACUGCAGGCCCAGGGCGCUUUUGGGAGCGACGACCACUGCCUCAAUGGUUGCCUUGACGAUGCAGAAGGAGGGAGGGGUCAGUGACAACAACGACCUGCUGGUAGUUCUGAAGAUUUCUGUGGUCCAAUAAGAGGCUGAGGAUACCUUUUUAGCGACCAAGGAGGGAGGGGUCUCUCUGCUGUCAAUCACUUUGAUGCUUAGUGGGUCAUGCAGAUAUGCAGGACAAACUAAUUGAAUCAGACAAGUGAUUUGAAACAAGUGGAUUCAUCUGAGCUGGUUCUGUGAUUAGAUGCCACACAUUGUUGUCUCUCCAGUUCAGGAAAGCAGAAGGUGGUGACUUUAUCUUUUUCAGCAGCUAUACUGGAAAAAAGUUUUUACCACAAGUCACAUUCAUACAGUACCGAUCCUGAUUAAGAUUGUAAAAACACACACACUGACACACACAUGCACAUUCUGUUUAGACACAUAAACACAACAGAAAAAAAAUAUUCUUAUGGUAAAAGACUACUUCAACAUGUAAAAGUGAGAUAAAGUGCUAUACUUUCUGUAAGAUGUUUCAUAAUAGCUUAUAUUGAUUUUAAUGGCUCAGCUUUGUUCACAUACAAGCAGCUCGGUCAAACAGCAGCUGCCAUAGUCCCUCACCUGAUGCUUUUGAAUGCAUGCUGUAUGGACACAUCAUGUAUUAUUCCUUUUGGUCAGUGUUGAUUUCUCCAAGGCAAUUAAGAAAUUAAUGCAGUUCAUUUUUAUACCAUCUGAGAAGAUUUUUUGUAUUCAGCUGUUUAAAAGAUAUUUAAUUAAUUCGUGAGCACGAAGUUGUAAAAUGAGAUUUUAGUUCAUUUUGCUAAGAUGACAUUUUAUCCAUCCCGUGUGUCACUUCAUUUUUUAUUUAUUUUAUUUUUUCAUUUGGGGGGGUUCAAUGGACAACUUGACAAUCACAUCAACUCAAUGACAGUUACAGAUCCCUAGCCAUAACUCUUUACUUCAUACAUAAUAAAACAUUACAGAAAAUAUUCCUGUGUAUUUUAAUUGCAUGUCACUGCAUCAAUUAUACAUCAACACCUCAAACAGCUAAAACUCAUGCACACUCUAUUUAUUUAUUCAUUCUCUGUCAUCUCAUUCCCUUAUAACUCUCAGUUUCUCAUUCUGUUACAUAUUAGUUUGCAGAUUUUUUUCACAAAACCACAUUAGGUAGAGUGUAACUGAAGCCCUUUAAAAGAUCCAUCUCAUCUGUUAGUGUAAAUGUGCCAGAGUAGAGCGUGUUAUAUGGAGUGUGCCAUUGAGUGUGUCAAAUGGAUCUGCCUUAUUGCGCAUCUUUGCUGCCUUUCUUAGAGCUUUUAAUAUAUAAAAAUUUAAAUAAAGAGCCUGUUUAGUAUGUAUGUUGUAUAUUUGUUAAGAUGUAGUUUGAGUAUCAGUGUGUUGACUGAAUGAUCACCAUGCUCAGAAUAUGUAUAUUUGUGAUAUAUCUAUGUGAAGACCUCAGAUGUCAUGUCUUUUCACUACUUUCUAUCUUGAGUUAUCUAUAAAAAAGAAAAAAA